AUGGGAAGAAAUAAAAUUGAAAUUCAAUAUAUAAAAGAUGAUCGUAUUAGAAAUGUAAUUUUAUUUAAUUAAACCCUUAUUCUACUAUUUUUAGAAUCAUUAUAUAAUUCAAAAACUUAUUAUUAUACAUUUUAGAUUACUUUUAAUAAGCGAAAAAAUGGAUUAUUCAAAAAGGCUUGUGAAUUAGCAAUAUUAUGCAAUAUUAAAAUGCUUUUAUGUUUUACAGAUUUAAGUAAAAAAAUAUCUCAAUUAUAUUUAGAUGGAACAGUCUAUUAAUUUAUGUCAAAUGAAAAUAGUCAAAUGGAAUUAUUAUCAUCAAAUAAUAAAAAGAUUUUCACAUCACAAGAUGUAUAAAAAAAAUUAAUUGUUAUUUAGUAUCCUGGAUUCUCGAGAAAGAAGGAAAAUGAUCCAUUAUCUGAAGGAGAGAGUGAAUAAAGUUUAGAAAAGAAAAAGACAAGAGCAUAAGAACAUUUAAAUUAAUAACAUUUACUUAUUAAAUAAUCUUAACUUAUUUAGCAAAAUCAACAACAUUAUUAGGGAUAAUAAUAAAUGAGAUUGAGAAACUAAGUCAUUGAAAAUAAUGAAAAGCCAUAACAAUAAGAAUCUAGGAAAAUAGUUAAAUUUGAACAGAAAUUAGAAGAUUUUGAAGAUUAAAAAAAUAAAAUGUAAAUGAAAAAUAAGAAAAAUAAUGAUGAAAUUGCAUUCAAUGAAAUUAUUGAUCAUUAAUAAGCUAGAAAUUUUGAUGAUCUCUAUUAAUGUGGUAAUUAAUUGGAUGAUUAAUCGAAUUCUCAGUAAGAUCAGCAAGAUUAUAAAUAAUAGCUAUCUAUGUUUACAUCAUCAAAUUAAAUUAAAUUAAUGAAAAUGGAUAGUUUACUUAUUGGUAAUAAUAAUAGUAAGCCUCAUAAUUUUCUUAGUGAUUAAUACAAUAAGUUUAUCAAUAAAGAUAGAGUAAAAAUAGUUUUUAUAUAUUUAGAUUGAUUCAUUAAAUAAUAGUAAGAUAUUAUAACCAAGUGUUUAAUUCAUAGUACCUCCCUAAGUUUAUUUUAACAUUCCUCCAUCUCCUCUAAACCAAGUUAUGAAUAAAGUUUAUGUUGGAGUAGAUGAACAAAUGGAUUUCAAUUUGGGCUAAUCUUAAUAUACAGAUGGGUUUAAAAAAUAUACUAAAUGA